UUAGUUUAAAACCCCUGCCUUCUCUAACGUUAGAUUCAGUGCUUUUAAGUUCCAGGGAGAGAGGAAGUGAUAGCAAACCCCAAAGAAGAGAACAUGGUGAACCUUGUAGCAGCACAGAAACCCCUGUUGCAUGGACUAAUGAAGAUGGCAGGGGUUAGGCCUUACGAAGUGGAGAUCGAGCCAGGCACGGUCAUGAACUUUUGGGUUCCUUGUGAAACAAUCAGGAAACCAGGAAAGGGUGAAAAGUUCACCCACCUGGACAAACCAACAAAACCAGUGGUUGUCUUGGUGCAUGGUUUUGCUGCAGAAGGCAUAGUCACAUGGCAAUUCCAAGUUGGUGCUUUAACAAAGAAGUACUCCGUUUAUGUACCUGACCUUCUCUUCUUUGGUGGCUCCAUGACUGACAAACCUGACCGGUCACCUACUUUCCAAGCCGAGUACUUGGUUAAGGGUUUAAGGAAACUUGGUGUGGAAAAGUGUGUUGUUGUGGGGUUUAGCUACGGAGGGAUGGUAGCAUUUAAGAUUGCUGAGUUGUACCCUGAUUUGGUUGUGGCCAUGGUGGUGUCUGGCUCGAUCCUGGCCAUGACUGACUCUAUAAGCGUGGAGGCACUAAACAGGCUAGGUUUCUCCUCUUCUUCGGAAUUACUGUUACCUAAUUCUGUCAAGGGUCUUAAAGCUCUUCUUUCAGUUGCUGCUUACAAGAAGCUUUGGUUCCCUGAUCGGCUUCACAAAGACUACCUUGAGGUGAUGUUUACUAACAGGAAAGAGAGAGCUGAACUCCUGGAGGCCUUGGUUAUUAGCAACAAGGAUGCCACCAUUCCCUCUUUUCCACAGAGAAUACAUCUGUUAUGGGGUGAAGAAGAUCAAAUCUUUAAGCAGGAGCUUGCCCACAACAUGAAAGAGCAACUUGGAGGUAAUACAACAUUCGAAGGCAUAAAGAAGGCAGGCCACCUGGUUCACCUGGAGCGACCUUGUGUGUACAAUAGGUGCCUUAAGCGUUUUCUGGCUUCCUUGCUGGCGGAAAAAGUUGACAAAUGAAAAUCUUUUAGUUCCAGUAUUCUCUUCCCACUUUAUUUAAAGUCAAUGACACAGCUUGGUGUCAUGAAAUAGGGGGAGGGGGGACUCUUAUUUGUUAUGGAUUGUAAAAUAUCUUAGCAUUUUUCUGGCAAAGAGUUGAUUAUAUAUAUAAUAAAUAGAAACGAAUUUCUCUUUUU